CUCUACUCUUGUGCCUUUGAGUCUGGUAGCAGCCUUCUGCUGGGCCCUUUUAGCUCCGCCUACGUUAAUCGUUCUGGCAACCCUAUCUCCUUACUCGAAUACAGUUCUUUAAUUCCUGAGCUUGAUCCCCAAGAUGAAACCGUGACUACUCUUUUAGAAAGACUAGCAGCUGCAGCGAGGACCGGCGACAUUGGAACUUGGGAUCAUGAAGUAAAACAGGAAUUUGGUUCAUACGCACAUUGCCUAACGGAGGAUUAA